UUGAUCGUCGGGUGCGUCCCGGAGGAACCCCUGCGUGGUGCUCGGCGGAUCGGGGAAGGGGGGGUUUGAGAGACCGGUUGUGUGGUCGUAGAUGACACGCAAGAGAAAGUGUGUGGGCGGAUGAGGAAGUUCAGAGCACGGAUUGAUGGUCACACACCUACUGUACUGUACUGGCACUUUAUCGCAGCAGUAGCAGCAGCAGCAGCAGCAGCAGCAGCAGGAGCACCGGGAUCUCCAUCCACCAGUUUCUGUGAUCGGAGGUGAUCCGCGCAUGGGAAAAUGACAAUCAAGUUUGUGGUGAUCCUCUUCAUACUUGUGCUUCAGGGUGCUCGUUGUGAUCUACUGGAUUAUGGCGCCGACGAUGAAGAUCCCAACGACACCACUGUCAAUCAAAUGCUGGUUCCCAGGUCGCACCAGGAGGACGCCACACUUAUACUCAACAAUCUGCUCAAGGAAUAUGACAAGACGCUGCGGCCGGACAUUGGAGUGAAACCUACAGUCGUCGAUGUGGGCAUAUAUAUCAACAGCAUCGGGCCUGUGUCAUCCAUCGACAUGGAGUACCAGAUCGAUAUUAUCUUCGCCCAGACCUGGGUGGACACCCGUCUGCGGUAUAACAGCAGCAGCAGCAUGCGGCUAACCCUCAACAGCAAUAUGGUCGGCUUGAUCUGGCUGCCUGACACCAUCUUUAGGAAUUCCAAGAACGCAGACUCUCACUGGAUAACGACGCCCAAUCAGCUGCUUCGGAUCUGGAACAAUGGAAAAGUCCUCUACACACUGAGGAUGACCAUCAACGCAGAAUGCCAGCUGCAACUCCAUAAUUUCCCAAUGGACGAACACUCCUGUCCUCUUGUCUUCUCCAGCUAUGGCUACCCACGAGAUGAGAUUGUGUACAAGUGGAACCGCAACUCAGUGGAGACUUCAGACCAAAAAUACUGGAGGCUUUACCAGUUUGAUUUCAUGGGGCUCCGAAACACCACAGAUGUGCUCAAGACGACAGCAGGUGACUAUGUGGUUAUGACCGUGUACUUCGACCUCAGCAGGAGGAUGGGCUACUUCACCAUCCAGACCUACAUCCCCUGCAUCCUGACAGUGGUCCUCUCCUGGGUCUCCUUCUGGAUCAAGAGUGAUGCCACGCCUGCAAGAACAGCCCUAGGUAUCACCACAGUGCUGACCAUGACCACCCUCAGCACUGUGGCCAGGAACUCGCUACCAAGGGUGUCCUACGUGACGGCCAUGGACCUGUUUGUCACCGUCUGCUUCCUGUUCGUCUUCGCUGCCAUGAUCGAGUACGCCAUGCUCAACUACUACUCCUACAGUAUACGCAGACCUCCUGCCAAGACGCAGAGAAUGGCCUACACAUCUUUCAACAUGGGUCACGCCCCUCGGUCUAUGAUGCCCAUGGGCAACUCCCUCUUCUGGCAGGACUACGACGACAACUGCCUGUACGAGUGCCUGGACGGGAAAGACUGCAAGAGCUUCUUCUGCUGCUACGAGGAGUGUAAAGAAGGCGGCUGGAGGAAAGGACGCAUCCACGUCAACAUCCGCGAGCUGGAUGCCUACUCUCGGGUCUUCUUCCCCACCUCCUUCUUGCUCUUCAACAUAGUCUACUGGGUCAGCUACCUCUACCUCUAGUCGGUCUCGGGCUGUGAUCCCUAGGCCAUGCUGAAACAGCCACAGUCCCCGCCACUUUAAACCGCGGCUCGUGAUCUAAGGUCAGAACUAAGUGUGGAGGAGGAAAUAAGGUGGAUCAGCUCUGUGGGAAUCAUGAAAGAUGUGCUGCCUCUGGAAACACACGUGCACUGUAGUGCACAGUGUAAAGGCCAUGAUAUUUUGAGCAGUGGCACUCCAAGGAGAAUAAAACGCUCACCAGUAGAACAACACGCCGCCAGCAUCAACUUGAAUGGAUAGGUCCUGUUUAUGACUCUCUCAGAAACCAAACAACGGACAGCUGUGACGUCAGAGACGUUCGGGGACGGGGUUGCAUUGCUGAAUCUUGGUCGUCGAGAUGGCGAAGCACCCAUAGUGCCUUCUUUAGAAAGGGUGCGGCACCGCGAGACGCAGCUUCAGAGUUUCCUCCAUUAUCUUUAUUACCUCAUCCACCACACCGCCGCAUGCUGAGCUGUCUAUUCUUUGAUGAAACCGGAACACCACCACUGGACAUGUUUAAACUAACACUCACCAUUCAUUUUGUAGCACAUUAGUUUUAGUUGUACCCUAGGAUUAGUUCUACUUUACCAACCUUUUCUUAUUCUAUUAUUAUUAUUAUUAGACUUAGUUGUAUUAGUUGUAUUUUCACAGCGAGUCAACUAGCUCAGCCAUCAGUUGUUAAUUGUUGAAUAUGAGUUAGUGUCAGGGGCCGUGGUUGUCUGGUAAUAUCUUGUUUAUUAAAUCAGUGAGCUUUUGUUCAUGAUGCUUUAUGACUAAACGAUGCAGUUUACAGUAGAUGCCAAGAAGAUUUGGGUGUCUUAUAAUAAAUGCUGGGUUACAUCCUCACACACAAAAUGUAUAAGAACUGCAUAAAUACAAACCAGUCCAACACUAAACAUGCUAAUCUCAUCCACGGGCAUAUUAUGUAUGGUACAGCACAUGAAUAAACAGAUUAGGGUUAGCAGCAGUGCUGGUUUCUUCCUGACAACAGCUGUAUGAAAACAGUUUCUUAUUUUUUAUCCCUAUUUAUACCUGAUUUUGUUUUAUUACUAACAGGGCCUGUGGGUUAACCUUGGUGUGAGGAAAAGUUCAACAUUUUGUGCUUCACUUCUAAUUCCCCCGUCCUCCAGUUAAUGCAAACCCAAAACUUCCUUCAGGUUGACCUUUAGUCUUGAUAAAGUCCAGUUUACUACAUGAACUGGAAGCAGUCUGGCUCUGUCUAAAGGUUAAA